AUGGAGGCGGUGUGUGACGGGGUGCCGUGCCGGGUGGAGGUGCGGGGGCGGGCGAUCUCGUGCGUCCCGCUGCCCGGGGCGGGGGGCGAGGCGCGGGUGUUCACGCGCUCGGAGGUGACGCAGCUGCUGCGCUCGCGGCGGGACGCGGCUGCGGCGAAGGUGGUGGUGGCGGACGCCGCCCCGCUGCUGCUCCGCUUCGCGGACCCCCGCGACCGGGAGCGCUUCAUCGGCCGGCUGCAGGAGAUGGAGGAGGCGGGCGGGGCGGACGCGCGGUGGGUGGCCUCCAGCAUCUGCGAGGCGGCCGUCGACCUCGGCCUGCUCGACGCGGCGGCGCUGGAGGCGCUCGUGCGGGAGGAGUUCCCGCGCGGGGUGGCGGUGGCCUUCGACGCCGUCGGCUCCCUCGUCGACCCGAGGACCUUCCGCCUCUGCCCCAUCACGGACCAGCUGGAGAGCGACAUCUUCCGCCAGGUGCCGAUCCUCGCGAAGAUAUUCGCGCGGCGGGUCACCGACGCGGCGACGCGGCAGCGCUUCUGGGAGGCGGUGGUGCAGAAGUACUUCUGCUUCUCCCGCACCUUCCUGGAGGAGGAGGUGCGGGAGCUCGAGGCGGCGGCGGCGGACCGCGCGGAAACUUCCCCCGCCGGCGGAGACGAGAGCCUCGCAGGCAUCAACGCCACCUCGGGGCGGGCGCUGCCGAAGGUGAAGGCGUCUGUCGCGCAUGCGCUGGGCCCCGCCGACGCCGCGGCGCCGACGGCGGUGGGCCCGCCCCCCCUCGCACGCCUCUUCUGCGGCCGCCCGCCGCCGCCGCCGCGCCGAGGUUGGGGGCAUCGCCAGUGCGAAGUGCAGCCGCCGUGCGCGUCGCAGGCGGUGGCCCGCCCCGCCCCGGUUUCGCGGGUGCUGCCGAAGGAGAGCACCAACCGGGAGACGCUGGAGCUGCUCAGAAGAUUUUGGCGCCGCGACACGAGCCAGAAGCGGGCGCUGCGGUCGAAGCUGAAUAGCGCGAAACUCACCGGCGGUGGCGUGCUGCAGCGUCAGUGCGUCCUGCAAGCGAGAGCGUUUCUGAGGCAGCUCGGCCCUGGCGAGCGAGGGGAGGAGCCGGAGCCGGGAGAGGAGGAAUAG